AUGGCCUGUCCCGGAGCCUGCGGGUCACCGAGCCUGGCGCUCGUGUACUGCUUCCUCGUCGCCCUAGGCCGCCUCCCGCCGCUGCCGAGUCUCCCCGGGAGCCAGGCCUACAAACUGAACGUGCCCCAAGUGCUGCUGCCCUUCAGCCGCGAGCCGGGCCGGGUGCCCUUCGUGCUGGCGGCGCAGCGGGGCUGUUACACCUGGCAUUCCACCCAUCAUGAUGCAGUUACUGUUGAGCCUUUAUAUGACAGUGGUGCCAAAUGUUCCCAAAGAGCUAUUCUCAUUUCUGAAUCUACCCAACCGCUCCGCCUCAGCAGCAUUAUUACUGCUCGAGAAAUAGUGACUGGCCACGAGCUACGUUGUGAUGUUAUGGUCGAUGUGAUUCACAGCAUUGAGAUUGUGUCUCGUACCCGGGAGCUCUUCGUGGACGAUUCACCUCUUGAACUGAUGGUGAGGGCACUGGAUGCUAAAGGAAAUACCUUCAGUAGUUUGGCAGGAAUGCUGUUUGAAUGGAGCAUUGCCCAGGAUAACCAGUCGGCAAGAGAAGAGCCUUUGUCCAGCAAAAUUAGGAUUCUGAAAUACUCCGAAGCCCAGUACACUCCCCAAGUCUAUAUAGCUGAUAUGGAAAAGAAAGAGAGACAAGGAGAUAUGAUUUUGGUGUCUGGAAUUAGAACUGGUGCGGCUGUUGUGAAAGUCCGAAUUUAUGAUCCUUUCUAUAAGAAAGUGGCAGCAGCACUAAUCCGUCUGCUUGUUUUGGAGAAUGUAUUUCUUAUACCAGCUCAUGAUAUUUACCUCCUAGAAGGAGCCUAUAUUAAAUACCAAGUUGCAAAAAUGGUUCAAGGAAGAAUGGCAGAGGUGAAGUUUCCCUUGAAACAUUAUACAUUGGAAUUGCAAAACCAUAUCCUUGCUCAUAAAGAGUCUCGUCCUGAGAACGUGGCUUCACUGGAUAAGCAAACGGCUGUGGUGACUGCCCUCCAACUGGGCCAAACUAAUCUUGUCUUUGUCCACAAUAAUGUCCAUAUGCAGUCUGUGUCUGCACUUCCAAACUGCACCAUCUAUGUGGUCGAGCCUGGAUUCUUAGGUUUCACCAUUUAUCCUGGAAACCGAUGGAGUUUAGAAGUGGGACAGGUGUAUGUCAUUACAGUAGAAGUGUUUGAUAAAAGCAGCACGAAGGUCUAUAUUUCAGAUAAUCUCAAGAUCACACUGAGCUUUCCAAAGCUGCACUUUGAAGACCAGCUGAGCACUGCGAAUGGGUCUUACCAUGUGGUAAAGGCCCUGAAAGAUGGUGGCGUGGUGAUUAAUGCUUCCCUAACAUCCCUACUUCCUCAGAGCGGCAAUACUCAGCCUACGAAAUCUCCAAUCAAACACCAACAGGAAGUGAAGAUAUAUUUUCCCAUCAAGCUUACACCCAGCUUUCUGGCAUUUCCAUACUAUCCUCUGGGACCAUUGAAUCAUUACCAAGUACAGGUGGAAGGUGGCAGUGGCAACUUCACCUGGGCCUCUUCGAAUGAGACAGUGGCUCUGGUCACCACCAAAGGAGUAGUGACCGCAGGUCAGAUCGCGGGGAACAGUACCAUUUUGGCACGAGAUAUUCAAAAUCCCUUUCGAUAUGGGGAAAUCAAGGUAUAUGUCAUGAAGCUGAACAAAAUGGAGCUGCUGCCAUUUCGUGCUGAUGUGCAGGUGGGCCAGAUCAUAGAAAUCCCCAUCGCAAUGUACCAUGUGAACAAGGAGACCAGAGAGGCCACUGCCUUCUCGGACUGCUCUCAUUUACCCUUGGAUGUCAACUCAGAGAAGCAAGGAGUCUUUAUUCUUUUCAAAGAAGGAAUUAGAAGACGUGGACCAGCACACUGUUCCAGCGCACACAUAGCAGCCACAGCUCCAGGCCACACUCUGGUGACAGUCAGCGUGGCUGAGUAUGAAGGCCGUCCAGGGAGCAGUGCCACGUUUGCUGCCUAUGAAGCGCUGAAGGCUGUAAACCCUGUGGAAGUAGCACUGGUGACAUGGCAGUCUGUGAAGGAAAUGGUCUUUGAAGGAGGCCCUCAUCCAUGGGUCUUGGAACCUUCCAGAUUUUUUGUGGAGCUGAGCAUGGAGAAGACAGAGGAGAUUAGAGUAACAGAAGUCCGGCUGCCAGCGAAAAGAACACAGAAGCAGUACAUCUACCAAGUCCUGUGCCUGGAUGUAGGGGCUCAAGUGCUCACGUUGCGGAUCGGAAAUCACCCGGGUGUCCUGAACCCUAGCCCAGCUGUAGAGGCUGUGCAGGUGCACUUCCUAUGUGCCCACCCUGCCAGUAUGUUGGUAACCCCAGUAUACAGGGUAGCAGAUGGCACCCAGCCAUGUCCUCUGCCCCAGUACAACAAACAACUGAUUCCUGUAUCAAGUAGGAGGGACACAGUCCUGGAACUGGUAGCAUUUGAUCAGCAUGGGAGGAAGUUUGAUAACUUCAGCUCACUAAUGCUGGAAUGGAAAACCUCCAAUGAGACCCUUGCUCAUUUUGAAGACUCUAAGUCAAUGGAGAUGGUAGCCAGAGAUGAUGGCAGUGGGCAGACUCGAUUACAUGGUCAGCAGACCCUCAAGGUACAUCACAUGACGGGGACUGUCCUCAUCAGAGUCCAUUUUGUGGGCUAUUCAGAGAAGAAAAGCCUAAAGGGAAUUUCCAGCACUUCCUGGUCUGCCACAGUGGAGCUGCUCCUGGUGGACGAUGUGACUGUGUGGCCCAAGAAUGCCACCAUCUACAACCACCCCAGCGUGAAGGAAAUAUUUAACCUAGUGGAAGGAUCGGGUUACUUUUUGGUCCACAGCAGUGAGCAGGGCAUUGUCACCGUCACUUACACGGAAGCAGAGAGCUCUGUGCAGGUAGCUCCAGAGAGGCCCGGGUCAGUAACCCUGGAAGUCUAUGAUCUGUGCCUGGGUUUCUUGGGUCCAGUAAGGGCUCACCUCAGGGUGUCAGACAUACAUGAACUGGAGCUUGAUCUGAUUGAUAAGUCUCCUGUCCUUUCUUCUCCCCUCAAGGUGUUUCCUCCUUUCAGACUUGCUCCCAAGAAAAUGACGCUGCUCAUAAGUAACAUGAUGCAGGUCAUGUCUGAAGGUGGCCCGCAGCCCCAGUCCAUCAUUCACUUCUCCAUCAGCAAUCACACUGUGGCUGUUGUCAAUAGGAGGGGACAAGUCACAGGAAAAGGAGUUGGCUCAGCUGUCGUCCGUGGCACCAUCCAGACGGUGAACGAGGACACUGGGAAAGUCAUUGUAUUUUCCCAGGACGAAGUGCAGAUCGCAGUUGUGCGGCUGAGCGCUGUCAGGGUCCUCGCAGCCGCCACCCGACUGGUCACUGCCGCCGAGAUGCCAGUUUAUGUCAUGGGAGUGACUGGUACCCAAACCCCGUUCUCCUUCGGCAAUGCCAACCCGAGGCUCACAUUCCAUUGGUCCGUGAGCAAAAGGGAUGUAUUGGAUCUAGUGCCCAGGCAUUCAGAGGUUUUUCUACAGCUUCCAGCAGAGAAUAACUUCGCCAUGGUUGUCCACACGAAAACAGCUGGCAAGACCACGGUCAAGGUGACUGUCCGAAGCACAAAUAGUUCUGAGCAGUUUGAAGGAAACUUGUUGGAAUUGUCUGAUGAAGUUCAGAUCCUGGUGUUUGAAAAACUCCAACUUUUCUAUCCAGAUUGCCAACCUGAGCAGAUUCUAAUGCCUAUGAAUUCUCAGCUCAAACUCCACACUAACAGGGAAGGAGCUGCCAUUGUGCGUUCCCGAGUCCUCCAGUGUUUCCCCAAUUCAUCUGUCGUUGAAGACGAUGGCGAAGGGCUGCUGAGGUCUGGCUCUGCUGCAGGUACGGCUGUGCUGGAAGUCACUGCUGUAGAACCUUUUGGAGUCAACCAAACCACCAUAAUGGGGGUUCAGGUGGCACCGGUGACAUACCUCUGGCUGAGCAGCCACUCCAAGCUGUACACAGCCCAGGGAAAGACCCUGUCAGCCUUUCCUUUGGGCAUGUCUCUCACCUUCACUGUUCAGUUUUAUAAUAGCAUUGGAGAGAAGUUCUACACCCACAAUACGCAGCUUUAUUUGGCUCUGAACAGAGAUGACUUGCUGCUGAUUGGACCAGGAAACAGAAACCAUACGUAUACAGCCCAGGCUGUGAACAGAGGGGUGACAAUUGUGGGGCUCUGGGACCAAAGACACCCCGGCAUGGCAGAUUACAUCCCUGUUGCUGUGGAGCAUGCCAUUGAGCCAAACACCAGGGACGUCUUUGUUGGGGACGUCAUCUGCUUCAGCACUCAGCUCGUGGACCAGCACGGGGAACCUGGAAUGUGGAUGGUUUCUGCUGACAAUACUCUACAGAUAGACAAUGUCACUGGAGUUGCAGUGGCCAGGAGCCCAGGAACUGCCACAGUUUUUCAUGAUAUCCCUGGAGUAGUGAAAACGUAUCGAGAGGUAGUGGUCAAUGCAUCAUCAAUAUUAACACUCGGUUAUGACCUUAAGACUCACCUCACCAACACACCCAAUUCAACUGUUUUUAAACUCUUCAUCAGCACUGGCAAAAGUGAUGUCAAUCUCAAAGGGUCCUGUACCCCUAAUCAGGCUUUGGCCAUCACCACAGUCCUUCUUCCAGAGACCCUCGUGCUGUGCCACGUGCAGUUCAGUAGCACCUUGCUGGACAUCCCAGCAAGUCAGGUCUUCCAUGUCCACUCAGACUUCAGCAUGGAGAAAGGGGUCUAUGUUUGUGUAAUUGAGGCUCGGCCGAAGUCGGAGCUGACCCAAGCCCUCAGCAUGGCAGACACGUCCGUCUAUGCAUGGGCCACGCUGGUCAGUGAAAGGAGCAAAAGUGGAGUGCCAAGAGUCCUCAUUCCCUUCAUCCCAGCCUUUUAUGUUAACCAGUCAGAACUGGUUCUUGAUCAGAAAGGCACUGUGGAGAUAGGAGUCCUGGGUGUGGACACAGUUCUGGAACACCUAAAGGUCUUCUCCAGCUCCCCCUUUCUAGCAGUGUUUGACCACAGGCAUUCUACCUUUGUGCCUGGACUGGCUGUCUACCUGGUGAAAGCUGUCAACUUCACUGCUUUCCAGCACAUGAAUUCACCUCUGUUCAUUAAUGUUUCUUGUGCGCUCACCAGGCAAAAUGAAGUUGUGGUAGUGAAAACUAUGAAGGAUAAAUCUAGUGCAGGUCAAUGUGAUGAUGCAGGCGUCUCCAAACAGCUCACUGGUUCUUACCAGGCGUUCCUUUUUACUGUCUGUGUGCUGCUGGCGUCAACAGCUCUCAUGUUUCUAGCAUACAAUGCCUUCCUCAACAAGCUGCAGACUGUUCCAGUUGUCUACGUGCAGACCACAGCCCCACAGCCAGGUUCUCACAGCACACGCUCCCCUCACCUCGCGGGCCCACAACCUCCACCGGCACAGAGUCGGCUACAACACUGGUUAUGGAGCAUAAGGCACUAA